AUGUCACAUAAUACUAACAAACCAUUUCACGAGGAAUGGAGAAAACAAGCAGAAAUAGUUUAUUCUCUGCUGUCAAUGUUAAACUCCAAUGCUAACUCAGAUCAGCCUCCACUUGUAGCAUUGCUCCAUGAUAAAAAUGCACACACCAAACAAGAAGGUGGUCUUCAAUCCAUUGCUCUGGUGUUGAAAAAAAGUAACCAAGAAUUUGGUAGUGACUGUUGCAAUGAAAACGUGAUUAAGCUCCGUCUUCAAGCCUGCCGGGCACUUACUAACUUAACUUAUGGAUUUGCUAAAAAUAAAUCGAUCCUUUGCUCGAUUGACGGAUUUGUGGCCACAGUGGUUGAGCAGUUGAAGUCGCCAAAUGAGGAGCUGAGGAAAGUUGCUGCCAGCGUGCUUAGGAACUUGUCAUGGAAGGCUGAUGCUGAUGCCAAGAUUGUCAUGAAGGAGUCCGGGAUGGUGGCUGGUUUGCUGACGGCGGGGAUGGAGGCAGAGAAGGAGUCAACAUUGAAGUGCAUCCUGGAUGCCCUCUGGAACAUAUCUGCCCACUCUGUCGAGAACAAAGCUGACAUCUGCGACUUCCCCGGCUCUCUCGAGUUCAUCACCUCCUUACUAACUUACUCUAGUCCUUCAAACAGUUCCACCAUCAUCGAGUGUGCGGGAGGCAUAUUGAGGAAUAUUUCUAUUCACGUUGCGGUGCAUGAGCAGUAUCGAAUGGUUCUCAGAAGGCAGAACUGCUUUGAGAUCUUACUGAAGCAGCUGCAAUCAGACAACUGCAACAUAGUAAGCAAUGCGUGUGGCUCCUUGUGGAACUUGUCAGCCAGAUGUGGAGAGGACCAGCAAACUCUGUGGAGGCUGGGAGCCGUCAGACUGCUGGGAAAUCUCGUUGAUUCUGAAGACAAAUCUAUUUCUAUAGCCAGUUCAGCUGCAUUGAAAAAUCUUUUGCUCUACAAAUCCAACACAUCUUCGCUAUUCACCUCAUGCUCUUCUAGUCCGACGAGCUACCAGGCACAGCCCGUCAUCAUCAGCGGUGCCGGGAUGGAGGGGGAUGUCCCUGACCGUGAUGCAGUCCUCCUGAAUGACGAUUCUGUUGAUGAGCCAAUUGAUUUUAGUACCAAAUUUAAGGAGGAUGUUGUGGAGAAUGAUGAACAUCAGUUGAAUGGCUUCAUGACCGCAGAUACGAAACGUGAAAACAAUGCGCCUUGUAUCAUUAACAACAACAGUAACAACGGUGCAAACGUAACUGACAACAAUGACACAGCAAACUUCAUUCCAAAUAACACCAACUUUACCUAUCCAAUCCACAACGUAAAGGACCAACGACUGAUGCAGCUGCAGAUGAAAGCAAAACCCACCACCACUACCAAGAAGGUACCUGAUGUGGGCAGGCAGGUUCCAGGGCUCUGUCAGGUCUACAAAGUUAACUCUGGCUAUUCAAGCCCCACCGAGCAGCCCAAACUGUACUGCACGGAGGACACACCAGAUGGCUUCUCGAUAGUGAAUGGCUCGAUGUGCGCCAUCAAUGAUAUUGACUGCUCGAGGAACGAUUAUUUCGGAUAUUCUUCUAACGAUUCCACCGCUAACUUUAAUGUCAGUAACGCUAAUAACUUCACCGUCAAUAACCAUGUAAAUAAUAAUAAUAUUAUCAAUAAUGCCAAAUUAAACUAUAAUCCGCAACUAAAUAAACCUCAGUCAGUUUCUUCUAAUCAAAUUCUCAUGCACAGUUUCAACUUGAACAGCAACAAAGUAAUUGAUUAUUAUGAAGAGGCCAAAGAUGAGCCAAUAGAUUACAGCGUAAAGUAUCAAGAAAUUCUUCCAGAUAAGUAUCCAAGCAAAAUAAAAUGGCUGCCCUGUGAGUCUUACCUCCCUUACAAACAACAAGUGCUGCUGCCUCUGUACGAAAGCUCAAACACCCGACUGCAUAAUAAUGCAAAGCCAACAAAAAGUCACGUCACAUCGCUUCCAUCUGGUUCGACGGUUCAAAAAGCUGAUGCCGGUCAAAAAGAGAAUUUUGACAUUAUGAAAAAUAAAUGCUUAAGUGCAGCACAGAGCAAGAUUUCGCCUGGCUCAGCGUGCAGUCCGAAUGAUACACCGAUGCAAUUUUGCACGGAGGGCACGCCGAUUGGUUAUUCGAGAGCGAGUUCCCUCAGUAGCUUGAGUGUGAAGAGCUCUGAAACUGAGCAUGAUCAGACUGUGGGCAAUAAAGUGCAUGUUGAAAAAAUUGCAGAAUCAUCAUCCACCUUACCAUCCAUUCAAGAAAACGAGGCUCUAAACAUCACUCCUAUGGUCAGCAAGCAGAAUAAUCAAAAUACAAACAAGAACACUGGAAAGUCGUCGGGCUCUAGUGAUAACAACAGCCAUCAUAACGGCUCGGGAGGUUCUAAGACCGUCAAAUUUGAUGAGACGAUUCAGACGCCGAUGAUGUUUUCGAGAUGUAGUUCGCUCGGCUCGCUCAGCAGUUUCGAUGCCAGGUCAGUGCACAGUUCGGUCAUCAGUGAGUAUAGCAGGAGGGCGAGUGGCAUCGUGUCUCCGAGCGAUCUGCCCGAUUCUCCCGGCGACACCAUGCCUCCGAGUCCAAAAACUGGCAAGCAGCACGAGAGGUGUCCCAGUAGCAAUAGGCCUCGAGGAGAAACAGCUAGUAUUCCAGUUGGAGAGCAAGGUGCAGAUGUGAAAAAUGAUUCGGAUUGUUCGCUGUCGGACAACGGGGAGGACUACGACGACGACUUGCUGAGUGAGGUCAUUCAAGCGGCCAUGCCAAAGAGUAGAAAACAUUCGAGAGUAACUUAUGAAGUUGUCAAUAAUAAUUAUUCCGAUGGUCGGGAUGUGAAGAUGAUGAUGGCCAGAAAGCCGUUCCCAACGAGUAGUGAUGUAAUGAUGUCGGCCGGCAACAACAAAGCCUACUUGCAACCGCAGAGCCAUCAGCACGUCACUAAUCUGGAUUCCAAUCAGGAUCAGGAUACUUUGAAAGUGUAUGCAGAGGAAGGUACGCCGUUUGAAAUUUCUAGGGUCACGUCUCUCAGCGACAUUUCGAUCGACGAUUCAGCUGCUGGCAAAAAAUUUAAAAAAGAUUCAAACCAGAGACGUUUCAUAUCCGUCCAGCCUCAAAAAACAUUUUUGCAAAGUCAAAACGCCUUACUGGAAGAUUCAUUUAAAACAUAUUGCCUCGAAGGAACUCCUGUUAAUUUUUCAAGAAAUGAUUCUCUGAGCUCUUUGGGCUCGAAAGAUUUCUCUUCUCCCGGAAAAUCUGAAGCAGAAAUUCACCCAAAGUUGAAAAAGAUGUUUAUCAAUUCUUCAAACAAAAAGAAUGCAGCCAGUGCAGCAAAGCAUAUGAUGACAUCAACACCUUCAAACAGCAGCAGACAUCAUCAGAUGCUGGGAGACGAGGUGCUGAGGUACGCCGUGGAGGGCACUCCGGAUAAGGUACCGCCCAUCUCCUACGAAGAUACCUCCCUACACGCCGGCGCUAAUAAUGACGUCAUCGAUGACAAAAUUACGUUCGAUAACAAUCAGUUGCAUGCUCGCAAAUCUUCAUCCCUAAAUAAUGAUAGGACCAGUGAUAACGGCGAUGAUGAUGAUGAUAACAAAAAAGGAAUGAAGUCAUCGUCUUCAUCGUCAUUGGGCGAUUCAGAUGACGACGAUGAUGACGACGACUCACCGAUAAAAAAUGAUCUUCUGCAGGAAUGCAUAAACGCUGCCCUCCCCAAAAGCAAAUCCAGAAAUUUGAAACAGAAAAUAAAUUUGGCACAGGCGCCUAAAUGUGCUUCCAACAAGUCCAUACCUUCUCAGACUAGGAGAUGGAGUUCAGAAUUCAGGAUGAGGAAUAAUAGAGGGGACGGUGCGACUAAUACACCCGAGAAGAUUAAUGGUAGUCGAGAAUGUGGCGGCAAACCGCAGAGCAAACCAGACUCCUUGAAGAAGGCGCGAUUCAUCACGAACGCCCUCCACGAGGCGACGACAUUCUCGGAAGAGGACGACUGCUCGACGUCUGGCCACAACACCGAAGCCAACAACACCGUCAUUUUUAAGGGCUCUCAGAGUAAUAAUGGUGGCGAAGACGAUUAUAAAGAUGAUGAGGAGGAGGAGGAGGAAGAAGAAGAUGAUGAUGGUAAGAAUGUUGAAGAAAAGGGUGAAGUGAUGUUAAUUGAGUCGCCCUUGAUUCCUUCAGCUGUUGACGUCUCAUGUGCAUCGACAUCUGACGCGCCUACAACAGGGUCUGACGAAUGCAAAAAUAAUGAAUCAAUUGGUGAGGAUUUGGAAGCUGAUGAGACGACGACAACAUCAGCUGAAGAAUUCUCAAUAGACAACAUCAACCUCCUAUCGUCACGUUCAUUAAACUUACCAGGGUUAAUUUUAACAGAGGAAAAUUCUAAUGCUCUCAACCUCUCACCCAGUUUGCUAUCAAAAAGUGCUGAAUCCAUACUAUCAGUUGAGAAAAAUCACUCCAAGAAUAAAUCCAGUAUUGACUUCAAUGACUUCUCCGAAUUAAUUGAUGAUUUCUACAACAAAACUCGUCUCCAGGAUUUGGAAGGCAGUAGGUUCGACAUGAAAUCGGCCAACAACGCCGAAACGGAGUCGACUGUGACGACUGACAGGAGUGAGUUUCAGUCGUCAUCUCUCUCCAGUAGUUCAUCCCUACCCAACAGUUUUAACAUCCAUGAUGGCGCUGAGACAGCUGCAGUUGAGAAGAAGCAGAGUAAAAACAAACUGCUGAAUUUCUUUAGGAAACAUUCAAUAAGAAGGCCCAAGUCUAAAAAUUCUGACUUGGAGCUGUCAAUCAGUAAAAGUAAUGGUUGUAGUAGUAGUACUAGUAACAACAAUAACACUGUCAGCAGAAAUGUAAAGUUAUCAUUCAAUCUGCAAAACGCGAGCAAGGCAUCUGACGGCAGCGGUGAAGAAUUCCAGCCGAUGAACGAGAAAGGAGUCUUCUCGUUCUACAACGUCUGCAUCGAAUCUUUGCAGCAACCUUACAGCGAAGUCUACCCUGGCUUCAUCAGACACACCGAGUACAAAGUAACGAAGCGCAUUGUGGUUUACGACAGCCACAACAAAAACAACCAAACUAAACAAGUCAUUCGUGUCUCUGGCACUUACAAUUCUCAAAAAAAUUAUUGGACCAUUCAUUUUAGCAAUCAAACAAUUCCAGCGGCUCACCAGUUCAACAAAGAAACCGCUUUCUUCAUCACAAUUUUCUGUCCAGGCAAUCUCCACCACUUCUGGGUGGACGAGUUCGCUCCUCUCUUCAGCACCGUCAGACAGACAGGUCGUCUCAAGCGCCAUCUACAGAACAUUUUAUUCUACAGAGAGCCAGUGAACCUCGACAACCAGACCAUUCAGGAAUGCACAAACGUCAAAACCUACCAACAAAUUCUCAGCACCCUCUACAUAAAAUUUCCUCACAGAGUUUUCUACGAAGCUGCAUCAGGUACGUGUUACUCGAAUGCCGUCUUUGGUGUUGAAUCUUCUUAUUUGAAAAAUCCGAGAGAUGCAGUUGAACACGUGACGAGAGAAAUUAUGAACAAUGUUUCAAAUGUUCAACAAAACGCGACAAAUGAAACCUGUGAUGUUUUGCUGGUGCAAAGGAGAACAAGGAAGAUUUUGAAUUACGAUGAGUUGGUCAACAUUUCAAUCUCGCUCGGAUUCAGGAACGUCUGUCAGAUUGGUUGGGUGAGGAAAACAAAAAUAAUGGUCGGAGUGAACGGAGCGGCACUUCAGUGGUCCAUCUUCAUGGCGCCUGCUUCAAACCUCGUCGAAAUAUCCUGGCCUAAACAGAACUGGAAAUUUUAUUACGCCGACCACGUGAAAGCUUACAACAUCGGCUACCACCAGGUCGUCGCUUCUCAUGUCUAUCCGAACUGGAGCAGCUACGAGAGAAGGGUGAAGUUUCGGAAGCUGAGUGAGGAAGAGAAGAAGAAGAUGCUGGCAGGCAGGUGGGAUGGAAACUUGCAUGACAAUUUCUGGAAGUGGGCCGACAUCGUGGUCGAUGUUCAACAGUUCCGAGACGUUCUCAAACAAUUCAUCAGGUGGUAAUUAACGAAUGAAUUAAUAAUUAAUGAUGACUCAUUCUAAAGUUUGUGUGCGGUUGACAUAUUCAAUAAAAUCUAAUGUCAACAAUUCGUUUAACGAGAUUUAUUAGAACAAAGGACCAUCACUUUUACGAUCUAUCCGAUUGCCUAGUUUAAUUAAAUUUUGUAACAACGUUAAACUGCUGUUCAAUUUGUUACGCACGGAAUAUUUAACAUUUUCAGCAAUCUUUCAUACGUUAUCAUUUUAAUCCGCACCAUUCAAUUGUUUUAAUGUUCUUUUCGAUAUUUUUAUCUUCAAAUGCAAUUUUUUUUUACGCCCGUUUUAGAUUUGCUUUCUUUUGUAAUAUCUAUUAAUUUUUAGUAAAAAAGAAAAAUGAAUUUAAAUAGAAGUUAUUUUUUAUAAAUAUGCUAUAGUGACAAGUUUUCAGUUCCAAAAAUCAGCAUGAGAUGACAGUUUUAAAGAUUGAAUAAAUAUAUCUAAUCUAAACGUUGUUAACUUGUCUUACAGUUCUUGAAUUUUUGUGCAGAUGACCUUCGGUGGCUGACCUUUGGUGGCUGAUCUUCAGUAGCUGACCUUCGGUGACUGUCAACUUGUUCUUUUGGUCGUUAUGAGACUUUGGCACAUUACAUGUUUUUUCAUGUUUAUUGCAAAUAAAACGUUAUUUUAUUUACUGAUCCUAUCGUCCGUAUUUACAGUUACCAACCUUAUUUUGUUAACAACCGUGUGAAAGGUGAUAAAGAACUUUUUUCUAAUGUACAAGCAAUAAAAUCUGUCAAACUUGAAUCUAAA